AUGACAUCUUGUCAUUCUCUUUUCUUGCUUCUAUCUGCUCUUGUUUCUUCAUCUUCAUCUUCAACGUCUGUAUGCGUAUAUUCCUCAGAAGUAAAUGAUGAUGAUGAUGAUGAGUGGUGUAAGUUGUAGGCAUAUUUUGAUUCUUGGAAUUGUAGCCUUAGUGUUCAUUACAAUGGCGCGGAGAUGUUUGAGUGUUGGAGUGAACUGGGGUACUAUGGCAUCUCAUCAGUUGGCAGCAGAGAGUGUAGUGAAGAUGCUUAAAGAAAAUGGAUUUGACAAAGUAAAAUUAUUUGAAGCAGAUGACAAGAUUUUGAGUGCUUUAAUAGGUAGUGAUAUUGAAGUGAUGCUUGCAAUUCCUAAUUAUAUGUUACAAGAUAUGAGCACUAACCCUGAAAUGGCAGCUUCUUGGAUUGAUGCCAAUGUUUCUACUUAUGCUUACACUCAUGGAGUCAAAAUCAGGUAUGUAGCAGUAGGAAAUGAGCCUUUUCUUCAAACAUACAAUGGAACUUAUCUACAUUCCACUUUUCCAGCUCUGCGAAAUGUUCAAGAAGCCAUCAAUCAUGCUGGAUUAGGGCCAGAGGUGAAAGCAGUUGUUCCUUUAAACGCGGACAUUUACUACUCCCCUGACUCGAAUCCUGUCCCUUCAGCAGGCGAUUUCAGGCCAGAAAUACGCGAUUUAGCCAUUCAAAUUGUUCAAUAUCUCGACUCAAAUGAUGCACCGUUUGUGGUUAACAUUUACCCUUUCCUCAGUCUCUAUGCAAACAAUUACUUCCCAUUUGAGUAUGCCUUCUUUAAUGGAUCAAACAAGCCUAUGAAAGAUGGCGAUAAUCUUUAUACUAACGUGUUUGAUGCCAAUUUCGAUACUCUUGCUUGGUCUUUGAAGAAAGCUGGCUUUCCCAACAUGAAAAUCAUAGUCGGAGAAGUAGGAUGGCCUACGGAUGGAAACAAACACGCGAAUAUUGAAAAUGCAAAGAGAUUUAACCAAGGGUUGGUUCAACAUGCUUUAAGUGGAGAAGGAACCCCUGCAAGGAAGGGGAAAAUCGACGUUUACCUGUUCAGCCUGAUUGAUGAGAAUACUAAAAGCAUUGCUCCUGGUAACUUUGAGAGGCAUUGGGGAAUAUUCGAGUUUGAUGGUCAGCCCAAAUAUGAGCUAGAUUUAUCUGAAAAGCCACUCGCUGCAGUAGAAGGCGUAACUUAUAUGCAUAAAAAGUGGUGUGUACUAAAGUCACACUUACCAAAAGAUGCACAAAUUUACUUGGCAAAGAUUGUUGACUACGCGUGUAGUCGUUCUGAUUGUACUGCAUUGGGCUAUGGUUCUUCUUGUAAUCAUCUGAGUGAACGAGGAAAUACAUCGUAUGCUUUCAAUAUGUAUUAUCAAUUCAAUAACCAGAACAGUUUGGACUGUGAUUUUCAAGGCUUGGCUAUGGUAACUCAUAACGAUCCAUCUGACGACAAGUGCCAUUUCCCUCUCAUGAUUGCUGAUGGUCGUAAAGUUAUGUUGUUGCACAAGAACUUAGUGUAUAUUAUACUGGCUGUUCUACAAGGAUUUCUAGUAGUUUUGCUGCUUGUUUCUUAGACAGGUCAUGAUGAUUUUGAUGUA